AUGAUAAAGCAGCUGUUGAUUGGGAUUGUGUGUUGUGCUGCCGUACUGACCUUCGGGAUCCUAAUUGGCCACUUUGGUAUCAAUAAGAGCAGCAACUCGGCACCGUCCUGGGUGAAGGAUGUGACCAAGGAUGUGGACGAGAGCUUAAUUGAGAAGUUCUUGUCUGAGGUGGACAACAUCCAGAUUCAAGAAAACCUUAGGGAGCUGACCAAAGUGCCCCAUAUGGCCACCACAGCCGGAGACGAGCAGACGGUGCAGUUCAUGCUAAAGAGAUGGCAGGACCCCGAAACCGGUCUGGACCAGGCCUGGAGAGAGGAGUACAUGGUCUACCUGUCCUUCCCCGACUCCAAUAACCCAAACAAGGUCACUGUAGUGAGCCCGUCGGAGACUGUGCUGUACGCUGCCAGAGAAAAGGAGAAGAGUUAUACUCCUGACCAAGAUGACCCUGAGGUGGUUCAGCCAUAUGCUGCGUACUCCCCUGCUGGACACCCGAAGGGUAAACUGGUGUACGCCAACCAGGGGAAACCCAGUGACUACCACCUGUUGAACACUACGGUUGACCUUCGAGGAACCAUCGCGAUCACCAGAUAUGGCGGAGCAGGAAGAGCUGACAAAGCCAUUAAUGGAGCACCCUACGGAGUGAUCGGGGUUCUUGUGUACACAGACCCUUUGGACAUCAAUGAUGGUGUCAUGUCAGACCUCAAUGAGACGUAUCCUCACUCCUGGUACCUACCGCCGUCCGGUGUGGAGAGAGGCUCCUUUAACACCCACUAUGGAGACCUGCUCACUCCCUACCUGGCUGCCAAAGAUGAAACCUACAGAAUCCCUGUCAAGGACAUCACAGGGAUCCCUCCCAUUCCUAUUCAACCAAUCGGAUUUGAGGAUGCCUACAAGCUAAUCUGUGAGCUGGACGGAGAAGCAGCUCCAGCUCUAUGGCAGGGAUCAUUCAACUGUAUCUACAACUUUGGCGGUCCAGGGUUCAAACUGACAUCUGCUUUCAACAACAGUGAUGUGAAACUGGACAUCUUCAACCAUGAAAAGUUGAAGAACUCCUCCAAUGUGAUGGGGGUCAUCAGAGGGAGUGUGGAGCCAGACAGGUAUGUGAUCUAUGGGAACCACAGGGACAGCUGGGUCCACGGUGCCAUCGACCCCAGCAGCGGGACGUCCGUCAUGCUGGAAUUAACCAGGGUGCUGGGCAAGAUGGUCAAGCAGGGCAAAUGGAGGCCUCGCAGGUCCAUUAUUUUUGGAAGCUGGGGAGCGGAGGAGUUUGGCCUUAUUGGGUCUGCAGAAUACACAGAGCAAUACUUCACCAAGCUCAGUGAAAGAACCGUUGCGUACAUCAACGUGGAUAUAGCUGUUUUUGCAAACGCCACUCUGAGGGCUUCUGGGAUGCCAUCACUACAGAACGUCAUCUUUAAAGCUUCAAAACAGGUGGAUGCCCCUGGGCUGGACUCCACGUCUGUGUACGACAACUGGAUUCAAUAUGCCAACAGGACAAGCCCGACCCACGGACUCAUUCCCAAGGUGGGAUACCUAUCAGGAGCAGGGAGUGAUUACGCUGCCUUUGUCCACUACCUGGGAAUCACUUCCAUGGACAUAUCAUACACAUAUGACAGGAGUAAAACAAAUGCUCGGAUUUACCCUGCGUAUCACACAGCAUACGACACUUUUGACUACGCUUCAAAGUUCAUUGAUCCCGGGUUCUUCAGUCACCAGGCUAUUGCCAGGACAGCAGGAAACGUCCUGAUCCGAUUGGCUGACAGCCUGGUGUUGCCAUUAAACUGCAGUGACUACGCUGAGACUCUGGAAGACUACCUGAACACAGCCGUGACUCUUUAUGAGCAGCAACUGCAAAACAGGCAUAUCUCCAUGGAACCAAUUAAACGUGCAGUGGCCAGUUUCCGCAAUGCAGCUACUCAUUUGGACCAGGUGAUUCGCUUUUCAGACCUGGCAAAUGAAACACCACUGAAGGUCAGAAGGAUCAAUGACCAGCUCAUGCUGCUGGACCGAGCUUUCUUGGACCCUCUGGCCUUCCCAGAGAAAUAUGCAUUCAGGCAUGUUAUCUGGGCCUCUAGUAGUGCCGGAAAGCCAACCUUCCCCGGUCUUGCCGAUGCCUACGCAAAAGCUGAGUCAUUGGUGGAGUCCAGCGCCUGGGACAAAGUGCACUACCACCUGUCCGUCCUGAGUCAGGCCAUCGAGGGCGCUGCUCACACACUGGAAGACGUCAUAUAGAAGGAGAGCAGAGAGGAGGGAGGAACUGCACACACUCAGGGAUUCUUUUCUUUUAAAGACAGUGACCUGCAGCCAAUGAGCACUGAUCAGCUCGGCCAUGAUGAGACUAUUUAUAGAUGAUAUAAGUCUGCUCUACCAACAAUGACAUGAAUGAUGUCUUAUUUCCAUAUUCUAUGCUUACAAUAUCAUUUUUUAAAAAAUUUUAAACCACUUAAUUGAAGAUGAACGCUUGUAUUUUUUUUGUGUACACCAACUAUUAAAAUGAACAUGCACUUACAUAAGGGGUACUUAAAGUCUCUGCAUUGUGAAAACAACAAUAAGAAGAACAAUAAUGAAGAAAAGGUGAAUUCAAUUUAAACUCACUAUGACAUUAGAGACACAAAUAACCACCUCAGUAAGUCAUUUCCAAAUUAAUGCUGGCAUUCCAUCUACAUUUCUAAAAUGGUGGUAUAUAAUAUAAACAGCUACGUAAUAGAAGAAUAUUUUCAGAAAGGUUUUUUGUUUUGCAAACAUAAUAUUUUUUUCAUAAUUACCAUUUUAUUGUCUUGUCAAAUAAAUAUAGUUUGUAUUUUUUUAAUCUCAAAGAUCCAAAACAGCACAUUUCUGCUUGAGCAAGAAUGAGUCACACACAGUGAGGGAUGAUGACUUGCUUAUUCUUCAGACAUUUACGUCAUCUAUGUGUGCCAAAAAUAUUGAAUCUGACAGGAGCAUCAAACAGCCAUGCUCUGAGUCACCGGACUGUCUGGGAAAAGGGGAAGAGACAGACACUGCAGAGCCAUUAUUAACUUUAAAAGGACUGGGUUAAUGAUCCAGAAGAUGGAAAGUUUAAAAAAGAACAAUCCCAAAUCAAUGUUGCAAAAAACCUUAUAAUUGUAUACCUUAGGAGGAUCAGUCUAAAAAAAAUGUACAAACUGCGCCUCAUAGAAAAUUGGCAGGUACUGAAUGGGCCACAAUUGCAGCCUUCUUCCCUUCUGCAGGCCUGUAUGGGGAGCUGCAAUAGUGUCUACUGCCACAAGGGGUCAGACAAUGAUGUAAAUUAAAA